GACACUGUACUAUGCGUUUUGACACUGAAUAUCUACUACGAGAAGCUGUUUAUCUUCCUCUGGUUCUGGUUACUCUUCGUAGCAGUGGUGUCAACUGCGAAUUCCUUCUAUUGGGUGUUCACUUUGUGUGUGAACACUAAGGCUCGUCGCACAAUCAUCGACUAUCUGGACACAGAUCCCGAUGGGAACAUCAACCGGAUAUCGACGGAACAAUUUUUCAGAGUUCUUGGAAAGGACGGCUUAUUUGUCCUGCAACAAAUGGGGCUCAAUCUUGGCGACAUUCCAGCUAGCUACCUCUGCAUAGCGAUGAGAAACGUUGGUCAGCACUGGAUAGAAGAAAAUGAUGAUCACAACAACAUAGUGGACGAGAAGCAGCCGUUGAAAAACUUCAAAUCUGUUUAG